AUGGACCCGUAUUCUAACCCUAAUCAGGCUUAUACAAAAGGAGGUGCUGGAAAAGGACCGCCGGGGUCUGGUGAGAUGGGGCACGGUGGGUCUCGGUUGAGCUACCAGCCGUCGCCGCGGCAGCCGCCGCUUCCUUCCCCCAUGGGGCAAGGCGGGGGAGGUGACAGCUGGGGUAGCUACCAGCAGCAGCAGUACCAGCAGUACCAGCAGCAGCAACAGCUGCAGCAGCAGCAGUUGCCGGCGUAUCAGCAGGCGGCUAUUGUGUCACCGUCCUCCUCCUCCGACCACUCGGGAUUUCAGCUGCCGCCUAUGCCGGCACCUAGUCAAAACAAGCUUCAUCAACAGCAGCAGCAACAACAACAAUACAACCAGCAGCAGCAGCAGCAGCAGGAGCAUGCGGCGCAGCAGCAAGCGCCGCAGCAGCCGUUAGGACAGAGGGCGAGGCAGGCAGUGGACGCGCACGCGGCAGCAGCAGCGCAGCGCGCCAUUGCCGCGCGGAAAGCCCGCCAGAGCGAGUUCGGCCCCCCCACCGCCCCUGCCGCGCACACCCGCUGCGGCUCCCCCCCGCCCCUGGACCCCGCGGGGACCUCCUGCGGGAGUGAUAUCGGCGUCAGUGUGGGGCGCGGGGCUGGCGGAACGGGCGGAAUGGGCGGAAUGGGCGGAGUUGGGGGAAUGGGCGGAGGGGGGAGAGGUGGAGGCGGUGUGAUGGGCGUUCAAGAGGCGGAGUGCGGGCGAGUGUUUCCGACGAGCUCAUCCAGUGAAGACGAUCGGGCCCAACAGGGGAUGGCAGAAGGAGGAGGUUGGGGCGAAGGAGGAGGAGGAGGAGGUGUGGGAGGGGGAGGGGGAGGGGAAGGGGAAGGACGGGCAGGGGCGCUGUCAGUCAUUACGGGCCGUCCGCUGUCCCCGCUAAGCACACGGCGCCCCCCUCUAGGAUCCCCUGUGGCGGCCGGUAAGAGCAGUGGUAGCAAGAAGACCAAGGAGAAGGAGAAGGUAGUGAAGAAAAAGACCAAGAAGAAACAAGCUGUUGCUGGGUCAGAACAGCCUUACAACGAGCAGCAGCAGCAGGAGCAGGAGGAGCGGCUGCAGCAGCAGCAGCAGCAGGAGCAGGAGCAGGAGCGGUGGCAGCAGCAGCAGCAGCAGGGGUUGCAAAUGCAAUGGUACAUGGAGAGAGAAGGGGGUGAAGGGGCGGAGGGAUACGGCGCAGGAGGGGAUUAUGGUGCAGAGGCUGGGUAUUCUGGGGAGAGUAACGAGUGGGGUAGUCACGAGUCGAAUACUCAGCAGUUGAAUUCUAGCUAUGGGGAGGGACGGGAUGUGUAUGGGCAGGAGGCAGUGCGGAGUGAGUGUAACGAGGGGGGUUAUUAUAACGAGCAGGGUUAUGACGAGUACAAUGGUGGGGCACUGGCGCAGCAGCAGCAGCAGCAGCAGCAAGCGCCUAGGGGUGUGCGACGCGUGCUGUCGAACAGAGAUGCAGCGGGGUCUCGUGUGGUUGCUGUCCCUAUGACCCCCAGCGGUGCCUCUCAGGUCGGCGGACAGGCUAGUAGCUCUGGGCAGUUUGGGUUCAGUGGUGGUCCAGGCAGCGAGGGCGGAGGAGGCGGAGGAGGAGGAGGAGGAGGAGGCGGAGGAGGGGGAGGAGGAGGAGGGGGAGGAGGAGCAGCAGGAGCUGGGGUGUUUCGACGCGUGGGAUCAGCGAGAAUGGCAGGUGGUGGUGGUGGUGCUUCUGCUUCUGUGGGCGGGGCCGUGGCUGGGACGCCGCUAGCAGGAGUGGGAAGCUCCUCUUUCCGCCGCAGACCGGCAGGAGAAGCUUCAGGUGCUGCUGCUGCUGAUGCAGAGGAGGCGAGGCCGCCAAUGAGGAGGAGUUCGACAGGCGGGGAGCAGUACCGGCGGAAGAUCUGGGUGAACGGGCAGGCCGUUCCGGACCAGCGGGUGGUGCAGGCCGAGCAGAGGAUUGGACCCAUCGACCCGGGGAAAUACUGGUACGACAUCCGAGCUGGCUUCUGGGGAGUCAUGGGCGGGCCAUCUCUUGGUGUGCUGCCGGCAUUCAUGCACGAGUUUGGAAACCACCCAAUGGAAAAGGACUGCUCCGGAGCGGGCGGCAAGACUCGGGUGUAUGUGAACGGGCGGGAGGUGCCGAAGAAGGAGUUGAUUGCGUUGACCAAGAAGGGCCUGCUGCACCUGCCAGGGGCGAAUUACACUCUGGAGGCGGAUGGCACGGUGGUGGAUAACGUGUCGGGCAUGGCCAUGCGCUCCAUUGGGAACCUGUGA